AUGCAUCUUCAACUCGCUACCAUCACCGCUCUCGCAGCUCUUUCGUCUGCUCUCCCAACUCUCAAGGUCCGCCAAUCUGGUCCCGUUCUGGCAUCCACAACCUAUGAUGCGAUCUCUAUUUCCGGUGGGCAAGCGGGCAACGCCGAAGCAGAAGCCCUCGCUGUCUUUUCCGCGCUCGAUGUCAACAAUCCUGGCAACAUCGAUCCCGCAGAUAUCGACUUUCUUGGUCAGGUCAACGACGUAGCCAACGAUGCUGAAACCGGUGUUUUCAACCCUGCCAUUGAAGCUGCCACGGGCGACGAAGCCGACGCUCUGUCUGCCGGAAAGAUAAAGAACAAGGUUCUGAAACUGAUGGCCACAAAGAUUGAGCUCGAAGCUAAGCAGGCCCAAGGCGAGGAUGUGGCUGCGAAGCUGGAGGAUGAGACAAAGAAGCUGAACAAUAACAUUGCUACUGAUAAGGAGAGCGCUGGCAAGCCAAGUACCGCGCUACCUUUCGAUGCCUCGAUUACCGGCGGAGGUAGCACUGCUGCUGGCGCUGGUGCUGGUGCUGGGGCAGGAAACAACGAUGCCACAGCGGGCAACAACAAUGCAAACCAGGACGAUGCGGCGGCUGAUGAUGAUGAUGACGAUGCCGCUGCUGAUGACAAUGCGAACGAUAACGCGGAUGACAAGGCCGCCAACAACAACCAGAACCAGAACCAGAACAACAAUGCUGGUGGUAACGCGAGCAACAAUGCUGGUGGUAAUGCAAACAACAAUGCUGGUGGUAAUGCAAACAAUGCUGGUGGUAACGCAAACAACAACGCUGGCGGUGACGGCGGCGGUGCGACUGGAAACUUCCUGUUCGGCGGUAAUUAA